GGUCCUGUGACCACAGACUCGCCAAGUAGUUUGUGCCAGGCGACCUCGCUCCCCCAGCCAUCUCUGCAGCUCCUCAGACACGCACCCAGCGCCCUUUAUUUCUCUCCAAAGGUGUCAAAGAAACUACAUCUCCCGACAGGCAGCGUUGCCCCUUCCUUCCUCGCUCUCCCUCUCCCGAUCCCUGGCAGCGGCGUGACGUGAGGGGACCGGGAGCUGCAGUCACCGCUUCAGUGACAGCCUACCCGGCGUGCGGGCCGGAGCAGGGCGAAGGCAGCCGGAGCCCGUGCCGCCCUUCCAGCCCGGCCUCUCCUGCAGCUCGCCGCCGCCCGGAGUGCCAGGCAGGGGCGCGCGCAUGGCCUCUGCGGGCGCGCGGAGGCUCCCGGUCCCGACGCGCGCGGCCGCCCGGAGCUGCUGCGGCUUCUCGCUCUGCCGGGGUGCGCGCUCCGUCCCGACCCCGCCCCCGGGCCCUCCGCAGCCGCCGCGGCCAAUGAGGUUUCUGAUUUCCUGUAACCUCUUCUUGCCUCGCGCUGCUCAGGUCUUGGCGGCCGAGGCUGGCCUACCUCCUAGUCGUUCCUUCAUGGGCUUUGCUGCCCCCUUCACCAACAAGCGAAAGGCUUACUCGGAGCGUAGGAUCAUGGGUUCCUUGGCCUCCAAUUCCUCUUGCUCUAGGUAUUCAAUGCAGGAAAUGUUUGAAGUGGUGUCCAAUGUUCAGGAGUACCGAGAGUUCGUGCCAUGGUGUAAGAAGUCACUGGUAGUAUCCAGCCGUAAGGGUCACCUGAAAGCCCAGUUGGAGGUUGGGUUUCCACCCGUCUUGGAACGUUAUACCUCUGCAGUCUCCAUGGUCAAACCACACAUGGUCAAGGCUGUUUGCACUGAUGGCAAGCUCUUCAACCACUUAGAGACUAUUUGGAGAUUCAGCCCUGGUAUUCCUGCCUACCCUCGAACCUGUACUGUGGACUUCUCGAUUUCCUUUGAAUUCCGUUCUCUGCUCCACUCCCAGCUGGCGACCAUGUUUUUUGAUGAGGUUGUAAAACAAAACGUUGCUGCCUUUGAGCGCCGGGCAGCAACCAAGUUUGGUCCAGAAACAGCCAUCCCCCGUGAACUGAUGUUCCAUGAAGUGCACCAAACUUGAGACAAGGGAUUGUUCCCUUGACUCUAACCCCUCCUCACACCCAAUUUUAUUUAUUUGGUUUGGCUCUUGCUCUGAGAGAGGUCUAAGUUUCCCUUCUCUAUUCUUCCUAAACUGGGCUGCAUGCUGUCUGGGCACAGGAAAGAUAGCAGAUAUGGAAGUGAGAUAAGAUACAUGGGAAAGGGUCAGACACAUUCUGAAAGCCUCACAUGCCCAUGGCCAUUGCUUACCAAAUAAAAACCAGGCUGUCACUGUCUCUGUGCCUAGUCAGGAGACCUUACUACUCAGUCAGGAGUGUAGUAGUAACUUCUUCACACAGAGACACUGGCUGGCAACUAACUUUCACCCUGCUAAGAUUUCUUAGGUGAAAAGGCAACGUGCCUCAGUUUAGGAACAUGUCCAUGCUGUCUGACAGGUAGAAAGUAAGGAGCUGCUUUACCACAGCCACAGUCAGAGGAGGAGAAAUCACACUCAACAGUGCUGCCCAUAUCGUGGGGAUGCACUUUUCUUCUUCCAUGUGGCCUGAGUUUUUAUAAAACUUCAAUAAAUGGUGACAGUGUGAA